GAUCGGGGCUCAGCCCUUGUGAUUGACACCUGUGAUUGACACCCAGGCUGGGUCCCGCCCCUCCGCAGUCGCCGGCCCCGGGCCCCUCCCAAGUGGUCCCCGGCGUUGGUGACCCGGGCCGAGGGGUGCCCGAAGCGAGGUCCCCGCCCUGCCCUUCCCGGGAACCCCGAGGACACCCGACCCCCACCCCCUUCACAGCCACCCCGCGCCCCUGCUGGAGACCCCGUUCCCCGCCCCUCCCCAUUCCGGGACGCGGCCGCCCCCUGCCCGGGUCCCUGACUUAAACAACCGGAUACGCACAGCCUCCCGCCGGCCUCGCUUUGCCCUCCUAGCAAAGCUGAGUGCAAAAUGGUCCUGAGCCGGCCCUGCCCGGGCGUGACAGGAGUUCCUGCACAUUGAUUAGGCGCCUACUGUGUUUGGGUGACAUUUAUUAAGCACUUGGUGUGUGUGAAGGGUGACAGACGUUUAUUAAGCGUCCCUGGUACAGGAAACAAAAUGUCGUCAAGCUCCUGGUGUGUGUGGAUGACUAUUUUUACCCCGCUGGGUGACAUUAAUUAAGCACCGACUCUGUACGGGUGGCACAAUUCAUUAUUAUUAGUAGUAUAUAAUUUUAUUUAUUUAUUUUUUAACACAGGGGCUCUCUAAUAUGUAGCCCUGGCUGGCCUGGAACUCGCAGAGAUCCGCCUGCCUCUGCCUCCCGAGUGCUGGGCUGAAAGGCGUGCGCUGUUACACAUUUAUUGAGCACCUCUGUGUACACACAUCAAACACUGAUUAAGCACCUGCUGUGUACGGUCACUGAACAUUAAGCACCAGUGAGUGACUCAGGGGAUAAGGGUGAUUGUGGCCAAGCCCUGGCAACCAGAAUUCGGUUCUGGGGCCCACAUGGUGGCAGGAGAGAACCCGCUCCUGUAAAUUGCCCUCUGACCUCUGCCCGUGGUGUGACACAUGCACACCCUACACACCAUAAAUAAAUAAACACAACAAGACUUUUUAAAAAACAUUAUGGAGCCCCUUCUGGGCCUGGGUGGCCCUCCCUCGGUGGGUUUGGGUGACAUCACCCGCUGCAUACAAGUGAAAACACUUUAAGAUGGACCUUCGGUGUGUGGGCGGCAAACAUUUAUUAAGCGCCUGCUGCAUGUAAGCACGCUGGGAACAGUUGGUUCUUGGGACUGGGCAGGUGCCAGGCGGUGCCCAUUGUCCUCGGGACGGGGGAAGAGGACACUGGGCAGGGGUGAGAGCGCGGGAGGGCUCCUCCCGGCCCCCCUCAACCGUCGCUCAGGGUGCCCCUCCCUGCCCCGGCCUCGCCCCCACCCACAGGGGGCACCUUGAGCAUAACAGGAAAUUUCAAACAACAGGAAACCCAGGCCGGGCUGCGACUCCACCCUGCUGGGGGCCUCUGUCAGUCUGUCCCCGCGGGAGGCCAUGAACAUCAGCACCUGGUCCUGUCACCGGCUGGCGGCCAGCGGUCACAGCCACCUCAUUGUCCUGCACUACAACCACAGCGGGCGGCUGGCCGGCCGCGGGGGCCCCGAGGACGGCGGCGGGCUGGGGACGCUGCGGGGGCCGUCGGUGGCGGCCGGCUGCCUGGUGGUGCUGGAGAACGCGGUGGUGCUGGCCGCCAUCGCCACCCGCAUGCGCUCGCGCCGCUGGGUCUACUACUGCCUGCUGAACAUCACGCUGAGCGACCUGCUCACCGGCCUGGCCUACAUGGUCAACGUGCUGCUGUCGGGGGCGCGCACCUUCCAGCUGGCCCCCGCGCACUGGUUCCUGCGGGAGGGCUUGCUCUUCAUGGCCCUGGCCGCGUCCACCUUCAGCCUGCUCUUCACGGCCGGCGAGCGCUUCGCCACCAUGGUGCGGGUGGCCGAGAGCGGGGCCACCAAGACCAGCCGCGUGUACGGCUGCAUCGGGCUGUGCUGGCUGCUGGCGGCCACGCUGGGGCUGCUGCCCCUCCUGGGCUGGAACUGCGUGUGCGCCUUCCCGCGGUGCUCCAGCCUGCUGCCCCUCUACUCCAAGGGCUACGUGCUCUUCUGCGUGGUGGUCUUCGCCCUCAUCCUGGUGGCCAUCCUGGGCCUCUAUGGGGCCAUCUUUAGGGUGGUCCGGGCCAACGGGCAGAAGUCCCCGCGGCCUCCGGCCCGCCGCAAGGCCCGCCGGCUGCUCAACACUGUGCUGAUGAUUUUGGUGGCCUUUGUGGUGUGCUGGGGCCCCCUGUUUGGCCUGCUCCUGGCCGACAUCUUCGGUUCCAACGUCUGGGCCCAGGAGUACCUCCGUGGCAUGGACUGGAUCCUGGCCCUGGCCGUGCUCAAUUCUGCCAUCAACCCGCUCAUCUACUCCUUCCGCAGCCGCGAGGUUCAGCGCGCAGUGCUGGCCUUCCUCUGCUGCGGCUGUCUUCGGUUAGGCCUGCGGGGUCCUGGUGACUGCCUGACCCGGAUCACCGAGGCCCACUCCGGUGCGUCCACCACCGACAGCUCGCUAAGGACGAGAGACAGUUUUCGGGCUUCCCGAUCGCUCAGCUUCAAGAUGCGAGAGCCGCUGUCCAGCAUUUCCAGUGUCCGGAGCGUCUAGAGCUUGGACGGUCCAGCUGCCAGGGUGAACCUGGAGACCCUCCCGGGAGAGGUGAGAAGGGACUGGACACACGAUCCUGGCCACGCCAGCAGGUCCCAGGGGCUGUUCACAGAGCCUCCCCACGCUGAAUGUCUGGCAGAGCAGAGAGUGGCCAGAACCAGAUCCUGAGGGUCUGGGCCUCACCUGCACCAGGACGUGAAGGGGACACACCACGCCUGAGUUCACCAACAGGACAGCGCACUGGGGUUCACGUGUGUGUGAGUGUGUGUGUGUGAGUGUGUGUGAGUGUGUGAGUGUGUGUGUGAGUGUGUGUGUGUCUGUGUGUGUGUGAGUGUGUGUGUCUGUGUGUGUGUGUGUGAGUGUGUGUGUG